UGUAGUUAUCCCUUCAUUAAUGAAGUGGCAGUCGCUUCAGAUCUUAAGUUUUUUCACAGAGAUACUAAACAUCACCAUGAAGUUGCUGGUUGUGUCUGCACUUUUUUGUGCAAUGAUGGCUCUGACCACUGCUGCUGCUCUGCCAGCUAAAGAGGCCAGCAAUGACACGGAGGUACUACUGCUCACAGCUCUUGAAGAUGAAGAGGCCGGAAGUGGAAUGGAUUCAGUAUUGUUUACAGGUGAACCUCAUGAUAUGAAGCCAAAAAAACAAUGCCCCAAUGGUUGGACAGAGUACUGCAACCGCUGUUUUAUCUAUGUUUUUCAUGCCAUGUCUUGGGCUCAGGCUCAGAGAAACUGUGACUUCAUGAAAGCAAACCUUGCAUCUGUACACACCUUUGAAGAGUACAAGUUUGUUCAGCACCUGAUAUUUAAUUCCACACAUGCAAGUCAACAGACAUGGCUUGGAGGCUCAGAUGCACAGGAGAAUGGUUAUUGGUUUUGGAUUGAUGGAACACAGUUCAGAUACACAAACUGGUGUCCUGGACAGCCAAGCAACUAUUAUUAUGAGCAAUGCCUGCAGAUGAAUUUUGGAGGACACAAGUGUUGGGAUGAUGCAUACUGUACCAAACUACUGUCAUCUGUCUGCGCCAAGAAGAUCUGAUGAUUUCUGCUGACAUAAAGGCAUGUUAAUCCUGGCAAAGAAGCAAUCAAUCUCAUGUAUCCUCUAAAGAAUCUGUUUCUGAUGUUACAGCUUUACUUAUUUUGUUUGGCUCUAAUGCGACAUAAGGAAUGAAGUCAC